AUGAAAAUCAGCUACCCACGCAAACAAGGAGAACUUGUAGACUCUAGUGAAAUCGAGCUUCUUUUUAAGUGAGCUGAGCAGGUUGGAAUCCAAAUAAACCCUAAACUUCAAUAUCCUGUCAAAUAUCCUCCAGGAUACUUCGGGAUGAAAACGCAGCUGCAAAUUCCCCCAAGUGAAACUUUAAUUACUGUCCCAAACAAUGCAUUAUUAUCUACACAAAUCGCUAAAACUCCUGAACUAUCUGAAAUAUAUGAAAGCCAUCCUGAUUUAUUUUUAGAUAGCACUUCUACAACAUCAGUGGACUAUUUAAUGAUUACUUACCUAUUAUUAGAAUUCUCCAAAGGGCCUUCCUCAUAUUGAUACCCUUAUCUUAAUUCCCUUCCUAAAAAUCCUGAGAAUUUAACUGAUUGGAAAGAAAUUGAAUUAAUUGAGCUUCAAGAUUCAGAUGUUGUCACUGACGUCCUGGAUAGACAAGCUCGAUAUGAAAUUUGAAUAGAUACACUUAUCAGUGUGCUACAAAAGUACCCUGAAAAAUUCGGAGGAACAAUCAACGUAGAAAAGGUGCAUUGGAGCUGAAAAAUAGUGUCAACAAGAGCUUUUGGAAAAUGCAUACCAUAUUCUUCGCUGAUUCCUGUUGCUGAUUUGAUAAACCAUGACAACGUGCUUACGAAUUAUUACUAUGGGACGGAUGAUGACUUACCACCUGAUUUAGCUUUAGGAUUUGAUAUAAGAGAUACAGAUAGUGAUUCAGAUGAAGAUCUUUAUGAAGACCCUGAGCCAAUUUUGCUUAAUUAUCAAAAUUUGCAUAAAAUAAACUUUUCUGCAUAUGGAGAGCAACUAGAUGAAGAAAAAACAAAUAUUUCAAAGAAAAUUCUUAGUGAAGCAACUAUUAAAGAUGCAAAUAGAUUUGUUUUAGGUAAAAAUAAUACAGAUAUGAAUUUCUCUGAGUCAUUAAGCAUAAGCCAGAUAACUGAAGACCCAAAUAAAAGGUUUAGAAUGGUGACAGGCAAAAAUGAAAGAUUUGAAGGAGGAGCAGAAAUUCUUAUUUCAUAUGGAAAUUAUUCAAAUCGAAACCUAUUGAUGAGCUAUGGAUUUGCAAACAAAAUCAAUAAAUAUAACUAUGCAAGAAUUAAAAUACCUUUAACUCCCCCCCCCCCUCCGUGAGCGAACAAAACCAUUAGAAAAAUCGCCAUUUUUUGACCAAAAACCCACCCUCCGUGAGUGAACAAAAAUUUUUUUAAUAGAAAAAAUUUUAAUGGAAAAAAAAUUUUGAUAUAUAAGUGAUAAUUAGUAUAAUGAAAUCUAGAGCUAAUUCUGUUUAAUUUUAAAACAAAUUGCGUUUUAAAACAUAAAUUUUGCAAAUUAAAUUAAUAUUUGCUUCCCAAUUUUUGCAAAUUAGGAUUUUUUUAAAUUUCGAAAAAAAUAUUUUUUAUAAAAUUUAUAUAUAAAUUUUUUUUAAAAAAAAAAAAUUAACCCCCCUCCGUGAGCGAACAAAAUUUUUUUGUUCGCUCACGGAGGGGGGAGUAAGGAAUUUAUUGACUGAGCAGCAGUGAGCUAAAAUGGAGGAAACUUAUAGCAGUGAAGCUCUUGUUGCUUUCAAAAUUAAGAAAAGCAAGAUAUGCGAUGAUUUAUUGUCAGUUUUAAGAUGCUUACUGUGAGAUAUAAAUAAGGAUACUCCCAUGGCUUUCUUUAAUCCAACUUCAAUUGAGAAUGAAGAAAUUAUUUUUCAACAAGCCAUUAGCAUUGUACGGAAUUGCCUUGACGAGUUUCCUACAACACUUGAUGAGGAUUUAGGUAUAUUGAAUGCACCAAAAUCGCAUAGGCACUAUUUUGCAGUAGGUAAUAUAUAGCUAAUAUAUAGAAUAGGAGUCAAAGACUGUUUGCAAAGCCAGCUAUCUUUGUUAAGAAUGGCCUCUUUAAUUUUAAGAAAAAUUAAAUCAGGUGAAGAAUUUUUGGAUGCAAUCACAUCAAUUCAGCAAUGUGAAGAAGUUUUAAAUGUUUCAAAUCGUCAGAAAAUGAUCGAGUAUUUAUCUUCAUAUUUAGGGUAUUUAAAGGUUACAAAAUAA